GCACAGCACAGCACAGCACAGCUCAGCUCAGCACGGCACAGCACGGAACAGUGUAGCUCAGCUCAGCACAGCCGGGCACGGCCCAGCCUGGCACAGCCCGGAACACCACAGCUCAAAAGAACCAGCCCAGCCCAGCUCAGCAUAGCUUUGCCCAGCUCAGCACAGCACAGCACAGCACAGUCCAGCACAGCGCAGCUCAGCCCAGCCCAGCACAGAACACAACCCAGCACCCCUCAGCAUAACUCAGCACAGCACAGUUCCACACAACGCAGCAGAACCCAGCAAAGCCCAGCCCAGCACAGCACAACUCAACACAGCAGCGGCAGCCCCUGACAACUCUCCCCUCUUCCUGCCCACACCCAUCCAUGAUGCUAACAUGGGGAAGCGUCCGUUCGCCAACCCCGUCCAAGAGCAGUUGCCUAAGGAUCAGCUCCACUGGGGCCAAGGCCUGGAAACCCAGGGUCCCAAGACAAUUCUUCUCAGUCAGGGACCCGGCUUCUGUCUGGGCUAGGAACAUGACCUCUGUCUCAGCCAGGAACCCGGGUUCCCUCCCACUAUUCCCCAAGGAGCCCAGGUCCUUCAACGAGUUGCCAGGGGAAUGGCGGCAUGGAUGGUGGAAUCUGUACCGCUUCUGGAGGGCAAACGGCUUCCACGAUCUGCACAACCUCAUGAUUGAGAAGUUCAAAAAGUUCGGGCCCAUUUACCGGGAGAGGCUGGGCAACGUGGACAGUGUGAAUAUCAUCCACCCCAACGAUGCCGCCAUUCUGUUUAAGAAGGAGGGCUCUAACCCGGAGAGGUUCCAGAUCCCGCCGUGGGUCGCUUACCGCCGGACUCAGAACAAGCCCUUCGGUGCCCUGCUCAAAAAUGGCGAAGGGUGGAAGAGAGACCGGCUGACCCUGAAUCGAGAAGCCCUGGCCCCCGAAGUGGUGGAUCGGUUCGUCCCCUUCUUGAACGAGGUGUCUGAAGAUUUCGUCAAACUCAUCCAAACCCGUAUGGCACAGAAUGACCAGAGGAAACUGACAAUAAACCUCAUGCAGGAACUCUUCUGCUUCUCCCUGGAGUCCGUCUGCAAAGUCCUGUACGGAGAGCGGCUGGGCCUGCUGGAACAGGUGGUGAACCACGAGGCCCAGCAGUUCAUCGAAGCCGUGAGCACCAUGUUCCACACCACCUCGGUCAUGCUCUACACACCCCCGUUCCUGCUCAGCACCAUCAACGCCAAGGCCUGGAGGGAGCACGUGCAAGCCUGGGAUACCAUUUUCACCCAAGCGGACAGAUUUAUGGAAAACACCUGCCAGGACUUGAAGCACAACGGAGGGGAUCCCCAGAAAUUUAGGGGCAUUCUGGGAAGCCUUCUACUCAGUGAGAAAAUGUCCCACGAAACCAUCAAAGCCAAUAUGACAGAGCUGAUGGCGGGAGGCGUGGACACGACCUCCAUGACCCUCCAGUGGACCCUGUACGAGCUGACCCGCAACCUCUUCGUGCAAGAGCAGAUCCGAAGGGAAGUCCUGGAUGCCCGGAAGGCCUCGCAGGGAGACAUGGUCAAGAUGCUGAACUCCGUGCCACUGCUCCGAGCUGCCAUCAAGGAGACAUUGAGGCUUCACCCUGUUGCAGUGACCAUACAGAGAUACCCCAUGGAGGAGUUGGUCAUCCAAAACUUCACUAUCCCCCCCAAGACGCUGGUGCACGUGGGCAUCUACGCCAUGGGCCGAGACCCCAACUUCUUCUCCAACCCAAACAAGUUCGACCCCUCACGCUGGCUCCACAAAGAUCCCACCUAUUUCCGGGGUCUGAGCUUCGGCUCUGGCGUGCGCCAGUGUUUGGGCCGCAGGAUCGCCGAGAUGGAGAUGGUUCUGUUCCUCAUCCAUAUGCUGGAAAACUUCAAGUUUGAAGCCCAAACACUCCAGGAUGUUGAGACGACCUUUGACCUCAUCCUGAUUCCCAAAAGUCCCAUUGUCUUCCAGAUCCGGCCCCUCCAGACCCAGCUGUGAGGACACACACGUACACACACCCCAGCACCUGCCAACAGCUGCAGAGACUGAGCACAAUCACUUUCCCUUCCUCACCCACCUCUGGCCCCAUCAUCCAUCGACAAACCUGGAUUCUUCAAACCCUUCUUCUUCCUAAAACUUUCUUCACCCACCUCCCUGAAAUGGACCAUCUUCAUCCUCCUCCCCACCCCCACCUCCUCCCCACUCUCCUCUUUCCCCAAGUGGAGGGAACUGAAAAAGCCCAUCUAGACCAGCCUCCACCCUACAGGCAGAACUUACACGAUCUCAGUGAUAAUGGUGGACAUUUUCCUUCAGAAUCCCGAAUAAAGACAACCCAGGCAG